AUGGCUACAAUGGACUCAUUGAUCUCUCUCGUUAACCGAAUUCAACGAGCAUGCACGCUCCUCGGUGACCACGGCGCCGAUCAAGCUUCUCACUCUCUUUGGGAAUCGCUUCCCUCAGUCGCUGUCGUCGGCGGUCAGAGUUCUGGAAAAUCAUCGGUGUUAGAGAGCAUCGUCGGCCGUGAUUUUCUUCCCCGUGGAUCAGGGAUUGUGACGCGGAGGCCUUUGGUGUUGCAGCUGCACAGAAUACAGGAAGGGUUACAAGAGUAUGCAGAGUUUCUGCACUUGCCAAAGAAACGGUUUACUGAUUUCUCUAUGGUUCGAAAAGAAAUUGAAGAUGAAACUAAUAGGAUGACUGGGAAAUCAAAUCAGAUAUCUCCUGUUCCUAUUCAUCUAAGUAUCUACUCACGAAAUGUUGUCAAUUUGACACUGGUAGACCUGCCUGGUUUAACAAAGGUCGCUGUAGAGGGACAGCCAGAAAGUAUUGUUCAAGACAUUGAGAACUUGAUCCACUCAUAUGUUGACAAGCCUAAUUGCUUAAUUUUGGCCAUUACUCCUGCAAAUCAAGAUGUAGCAACAUCUGAUGCCGUCAAGGUUUCCAGACAAGUUGACCCUGCUGGUGAACGAACAUAUGGUGUGUUGACAAAGAUUGAUUUGAUGGACAAAGGCACAAAUGCUUUGGAUGUCCUUGAGGGAAGAUCAUACCGACUUCGUAAUCCUUGGGUAGGAAUUGUCAACCGUUCUCAGGAAGAUAUUAAUAGGAAAGUAGAUAUGAUUGCUGCUCGUCAAAGAGAGCGUGAAUUUUUUGCCACCAAUCCUGAUUAUGCACACUUGAGCAGCAAAAUGGGCUCGGAAUAUCUAGCAAGGCUUCUCUCUAAGCAUUUAGAGUCUGUGAUAAGAGCUCGGAUUCCAGGAAUUGCAUCUUUCAUUAAUAGAAGCAUUGACGACCUUGAAGCAGAGUUGGCUCACCUUGGUAUACCAGUUGCCAUAGAUGCUGGGGCCCAACUGUACACUAUUCUAGAAUUAUGCCGUGCUUUUGACCGGGUGUUUAAGGAGCAUUUAGAUGGAGGGCGACCAGGUGGUGACAAAAUAUAUAUAGUUUUCGAUUACCAGCUUCCUGCUGCAUUGAGAAAGAUUCCACUGGAGCGUCAUUUAUCACUGCAAAAUGUGAGAAAUGUUAUUUCUGAGGCAGAUGGAUACCAACCUCAUCUGAUCGCCCCUGAGCAAGGUUACCGACGUCUCCUAGAAAGCUCACUGAAUUACUUCAAAGGUCCCGCGCAAGCUUCUGUAGAUGCUGUUCAUUUUGUCCUAAAGGAACUCGUGAGAAAGUCAAUUUCUGAAACAGAGGAAUUGAAGCGCUUUCCAACUCUUCGGUCUGAAAUAGCAAUAGCAGCUAAUGAGGCGUUAGAGAGAUUCCGUGACGACGGCAAGAAGACAACAUUAAGACUUGUGGAAAUGGAAUCUUCCUAUAUCACAGUUGAUUUCUUCCGUAAACUCCCACAAGAAGUCGUCGACAAGGGAGGGAAUCCAGCUCCUGCCUCUGCUGACGGACACUUGCAAAGGAUUGGUUCAAAUGUUUUAUCUUAUGUUGGGAUGGUAUCUGAAACAUUGAGGAAUACCAUUCCAAAGGCUGUUGUUCAUUGUCAAGUGAGGGAAGCAAAGCUAUCUUUGCUUGAUCACUUUUACGCUCAACUUGGCAGAAAAGAGGUAAUGCAACUUGCACAGUUGCUGGAUGAGGAUUCCGUAUUGAUGGAAAGGAGACAGCAAUGUGCUAAGAGGCUGGAGUUGUAUAAGUCUGCAAGAGAUGAGAUUGAUGCAGUUUGUUGGUCAGGAUGA